AUAUAUUACACGUUACACGUGUCAUUCAAUUAGUUAGCCUGAAACUGUCAAACUUGUAAUGCAAGUGAACGUAUCAAAAGAAAUUUUAAAUAAAAUAUCAUGGAAGAUACAAAGGAGACAAUUAUACAUAAAUUCAACACGGAAUUAGGAAAAGAUUUAAAGGGACUCGAUAAGAUAUACGAAUUUCACCAAUCUCUUAACGCGCAAAAAAAUGAAAUCGAGGAAUCACUGUCGAUGGCAUCUACUGAAGCUCCGUCAAAGGUGAAAGCAGUCGUAGAGAGUGUUGAAAAAAUCAGCAUUGAAUUUCAGCAACUAGAAAAAGCUUCUGAAGAAUUUAGAAAUGAAAUACAGGAGACAGUCCAUGAAAGUGAUAAGAGCUUGGAAAUACAAAGGAUCAUAGACACUAUCAGCUAUUUAGAUAAAUCACUGUCAUAUCUAAAUUUCAUAAAACACGUUGAAGACAUUAGUGAUGGAAUACAAGCGUCUUUAGCAAACGGCGAUGAUGAAUCAACUAUCUCAUUAUAUACAGAUCUUAAGAACAUCAGUUGUGAAUUAAGAUCAUCUACUUGUCAUUAUCUCCAGAAUUAUGUGAAGGAAACACUUCACUUCUGGCACAAUCUCAUAAAAGAUAAAUUGUCUAAGGAAUAUAAUGAUAUAUUGAAAGCAUUAAAAUGGCCUUUCUGCGGCGCUAAUGUAAAUGCAUUACAUACACCUGUGCCAGAGACAGUAGUGAAGUUUAAGAUACUUACAGAAUAUUUAUUACACUUACAGUUACCAGAAGAAUCUAUGAAGCCUGUUGUUACAUCGGCACUACUAACUGACUUCAGCCCAGUUUGUUUGCCGAUUUCGUUGCUAGUACGACCGCUUAGGCAAAGAUUUAUAUACCACUUUACCGGUUCUAAAUUAACGAAUCGACAAGACAAACCGGAAUGGUUCUUUACUCAAAUAUUAACUUGGAUAAAGGACCAUAUUCAGUGGGUCCAGAAAAAUGUACAACCCGCAGCGAAUUCAAUAGACUUUAAACACGUGGAUAUGAAGACAGAAUUUAUGCGGGCUUUAGUACAAUUGGCAGUUGAAAAACUUCAUUCUGAACUGUCAGUAGUACAAUACGACGAUGUCUUAUUUGCUCACCUGGUCGAUGAGGCUCUAGGGUUUGAAAGGGAAUUAAGAGAGACAUUGUUUUACCCACCAGCUCAACCAGCUACUGUUUUUGUACUCACACAGGCUCAAAUUUUUGUAAAGUGGAUUAAUAUGGAGAAGAAAUAUGCUACUGAGAAGAUGGAUGCAAUUUUAAACUCUAACACAGCUUGGGAAAAAUUAUCAACUUCUGACGCUGACGAUAUGAAAGUAACCGAAUGCGCAGAUGCCUUCUUGACACUCCUUACAACAAUUUCUGAUAGGUACAAACAUUUGCCUCAGCCAGGUCACAGAUUACAGUUUCUUGAGCUACAGCUAGAGUUGAUCGACGAUUGGAGAGUAAGAUUGAUUCAGCUAUUACACGAGAACUAUGGAGAUCCUUUAACUUCUCUUAUGCCACGCAUUCUGAAUACACUGCACUACGUUGCGACGGUUUUAGAAGAGUGGGGUGUAACAGUGCACUUCUUGCAACUAUACUUUUUCAAAAAACAAUUUGAAGCAGUGGAAACUGCCACGAUAAAGGGAAACGAUAUUAAAGAUGUAGGUGAAGUUGAAGGUUCUGUAUUCGACGAAGCUGUUGCCCUUUUAAAACGAAUAGAAAAAGAAUUGAUCAGCGAAAUCAGUGAUUCUGUAGCCUUAGAUGUAAAAGCAAAAAGCAGGCCCUAUAGAACGGAUAAGUGGUUUGCAAUGCAGUCUACUAAAGAGUUGGUUUCUUUAUCUGUUACACCGAGCGGUUAUUCUAUGUUUCAAGAAUUAGCAACGCAACUCAAUCUCCUUCACAAGACUUUGGCUUUACCACUGUUUCACGAAGCUUGGAAAAAUUUGGCAUCUAAUCUUGAUCAAUACCUUUUAGAAGAAGUUGUUCUAGUGAAUCAUUUUAACGUAGGAGGAGCUGAACAGUUACAAUAUGAUAUCUUCAGGAAUUUCUUUCCGUUAUUUGGCCUCUAUAUUAAUAAACCGGAGUCAUACUUUCCCUUGAUUAAGGAGGCUUGCAUAUUAUUAAACAUUAUGUUAGGUUCAGCGAUGCUACUUGUCGAAGCUCUCAAUAACAGCGACGAAGUAGCCGGGAAAGAAAUAUUAGCAGACAUUGGUGUUUAUAAAAUGUCUUCUGAACUUGCUUUAAAGUUUCAUGUUGAAUAUCCCGAUGAGGAAUAUUUCAUAUACAACGUACUUCGCACUCGUGACCUUUCCAAGAUGCAAUAAUAAGACCGGUACGAAUAUCUAAAAUUGUUAAGAAACCUGAUGCUUGACCUAACGCUACCCAAUAACCGCUAGGUGCAACCGCAAUACAUCGGAUUAAACCUGUUGGAUUUACGGAGACCUUAAAGAAAAAAAGAAAAUCAUUGUUUCAUCACAAAGUA